AUGACUGUUUCAUUGCCAACCAUUGCUCAUAUAUUAUCAAUAGAUUCUACAGUGACUUCAGGUUCAAAAGUGGUAAAUGGCCAGGAGUUACUUGGCCGUUAUAUAUUUCUUGUUGACGAAAAGAAUGAAAGAAAUUCCGGAGAAAAGGUCCAACAGAAAGAAGGCAAGAAAUCCAGACAUGUCGAGGGACCAAUGUUUCAGACAAAAUGUGAUAACGAAGGUAUAUUUAUGAUUAGAUUAUAAAAAUGUUAAAUAUUAGUAAUCUUCUCACUCACUGCUGGAAAAUCUGCAGCACCGUUCCCAGGAAGUUUUUAACAAAAUAUCUUCGCAGGAUAUUUUUGUCUUAAUUGCAGGUUAUUGUUUAAAAAUUCCUAAAGCGUUUUACAAGGUCGGAAAUUGUCUUGUGCCGAAAUUGAAGUCUAUAAUGCUGUGUGGCACCAUGCAUAUGUUCUCUGAAAUCUACCUAAUAUGAAGUCUUGUAUUUGACUUACACAGAGCAUUUUGCUGCCAAGAAGAGACUCUUGCACUUGACCUGUUCUCACAUUCUGAAACAAUCUCGUUCCCCGAGCAUGCCCGUUCGCAGGUUAAGGGUGGGCAUAGCUCUGGAGAAAUCGAAUUGAUUCACGUUAAAUUUCCAACGUGAGUUCUACGCAUGCUCGGCAAUGUUGCAAAAUAUAAAUACAUUUUACACUGAAAUCGAAUUGAAAACAACUAAAAAUUCUGGGGGAAAUAUGUACGAAAGCUUCGGUUGGAUACUGAUAGGGAUACUACAGCUACCUGAAAAAUACAUGACCGGAGAACUUCGACGUUUCGAGCGAAGGCGCUUCGAUCUGUACUGUUUGUAUACAUCGUACUUGACCUUUGCUGAUAAAUAUAAUCUCCUCAAUAAUAAGUAUUAUAUAUUUUUAUGCUUUAAAAUUUACAUAUAACUCUUCUGUCAGAAUUUAUGGUAUACGUAGUGUUAGGUAUGACAGUAUAUAAAAAGUCAAGUACGAUGUAUACAAAGACUAACAGCACAAGUCGAAGCGCCUUCCCUCGAAACGUCGAAGUUCUCCUUGUAUUUUUCAGGUAGUUGUAUCCCUAUCAAUCCGCAGCUUUCGUAGAUAUUUCUUCCAGAAUCUCCAGUUGUUUUCAAUCGAUUUCGGUGUAAAAAGUAUCAAAUUUUCGACGAGAAAUUCCAAAUACUUUGUUUAUAUAGAACUCACGUUGGAAAUCCAACGUACUAUCUGCCGUUAGCCAAUCACAGGCCUGAAUCAAUUCGAUUUCUCCAGAGCUAUGCCCACACUUAACCUGCGAACGGGCAUGCUCGGGGAACAAGAGUGAUCCUGAAACUGCUGUUGAGUCAGUUAAAAGCAAAAGAGAUCAGGCGGACAUUCACCUGCAACGAAUGUGGCAGCCGAGAGUUUGCACCUCGAGAAUUUUGAUCAUAGAAAGUUCAUGAACUCGAUCAUUUACUCGUUAGACUCCAUCAUCUAAUUACAAUAAUUAAAAGAAAAGGAAAGUUAAGACGAAAUUAAGACGAAACCUAGCGUUAAUUCCUUUAAGUUUGCCCUUAAAAAAUACUUCUUAGAAUCUUAUAAGGGCAUUGAUCGCUUCGAAUUAUUAUUGUGACGUACCAUCAAGUUGUACUGUAUAUAAUUUGGAUAUAUACAUUUAUAAUCCUAAGAUCUUUUACAUAUUUACUCUAAGUAGCCUUUAUAGACGUUUUAAAGUAGAAUUAAUAACUUUGUAUAUAUUGUAUAUGAGGGCUACAGGUUUUUCAGCUAUAUUGCUGUCAUGUGUUUCUACCCUCUUUAAAUAAAGUUGUUCAUUCAUUCAUUCAAAGUUCGGUAACUUUUUUUAAUAAAACACUAAGUCUAUGUCUUUGAAAUCUCAGCCGAUCUGAUUAAGUUUCUAUUUUUGGCUCACACUACGAGUUUUCCAACAUGUUUUUACUUCUUUAUUUCGUAUUGCCUAAUACCAUGCCCUACUGAGCUUGAAUUAUCCCUUUCUUGUAAUUCCUUUUGUAUAUCAUUACAUUUUGAAUAAUCAAAUAGAUUCAUAAUUUUGAUACUACGAUAUUGGUUUCAAAUUUCUUUAAAAUCUUGAACUAUGGAGGUUUCAGCGUUGGCCAAAUCUAGAUAGACAUACUGACAUGGUCUUCUUUCACGUGACUGUCUAGCUUUGUUGCUCAGUUUGGUUAAUGUUAAACAAAUAAAGGAAGGUCACUUCAUCCGCAAAGGCAUGCAUGCAGUCUUGGCCUUGGCAUGAAACUCAUUGAGAACUGUUUUUCUCUUUCAAUGAUCGAUGAGAAAUAGUAUCCAAAGCAGUUCAUAUUUUUGUUUGUUUUAGAAGGUUUCUCAGACGAGGAAUCUGAAUCAUCUAUUGAAGUGGUAGACGGACACGAAGUCGUGUUAAAAACUUCCAGUGAGAAAACAACUUCGGAUGAUCCAGAUUAUUUACAGUUACUGGAAGCACAUCAGCAAAGACUGGAAGAUGCUGCAAGUGGUAUGUUUAUUAUGUGAAUCAUACCGCUGACUAUAGCUUGGCCUGAGGAUUUGGGACUUAAAUGGCAAAUUGUGUGGUGGCAAUUAGCAGAUAUUGUAUAACCAGUCAAAAUUUACAUUCGUGUUUAAGAAACAUCCUUACUCUUCAGAGUCGUAGAAACUUGCCAAAGACAAUUGAAAAAUCAUGCCACAUUGUGUCCCCUUGUUCAGUGUUUAUACUAAAGCCUUUUGGAAAUUAUUUCCACACACAUUUCCAAAUAUGUUAUUUGUAACAAUUUUUCAAUAAUCAAUAUACAGCCUAGUUUGGGCAUGUACACACUACAUUAGGACAAUACAACAAGAUUAUCCAAAGUUUGUCGAAAGCAAACCUGUACGGUUAGCGACUUAAUGUCAUAUAAGCGGUCUAAGGCUAAGUGAACUACUGCCGGCUUCAAUAAGUUUGACAACAUCUGUCUCUGCUUGCAUGAUCAUGCUUGCUAGACCAACCACUAGACUGUUCAGUUAAGCACAGAUAUCAUUCGCGUGCAGAUAUUUACUUUAUGAAAUGGUAUAUUAAAUACAUACCCAUACAUCUCUAAAAUAUUUUCCUUUAUUUAUCUUAUCCUGAGCGUGACUAUAACUUAUAAUCACUGAGUUGUAAAACUGAAUAGAUGAGUGCUAACGAUCUAGCCUAGUACUGUAGUGACCUCCUACUAAGGAAAGUCGUUGAAGUAUAACGGGAGUCUUGAUGCCGCGUGGGCGAUAUUCGGCACUAUGUGCUGCCGAGACUAGAAACCUCUUGUAGUUGCGAUGGUGAACAGUACACACCGGUAUAUCUACUGCUGAUAGAAAAUAUACUUCAAUACAGUGAAAAAUACAUCAUCUUUUUAAUUAUUUCGAGUGAUUGUACAUUGAUCCAAGUUGUGACGAGAUUUUGAAGACUUAAGACGACAAUAUGUUACAAAAUCUUUCAAUUCUAUCACGAGUGUGCCAUGAUUUUAUGGAGAGACCACCCUGUAACCGUGUUCAAGGUCAGUAUAUUAUUCCUGAACAUAAAUCCGAUUUUAUACCUAAACACCAUUAUGAACAUUGUUUUAUGAAACUGAAAUAAGCGUGCAGUGCUUUCCCAAUGAUUCCGUGUUACUUAGACCACUGUCUUAAUGCAACAAGACAAGUAUUGAUCAAACAUUGCCGACGAUUGGAUAUCUCUAUUUGGACAAGUUCGUUUACUUACUAAUGGAUACGGCAAGCACCUGUUCAGAUUCAUAGCAAAAAUAAACAGUAACUAUGGUAUUGUUUAGGCAGCUAGAAUACGUUUUAUUUACGCUCAGAGCUUUCAGGCAGUAUCACAGGCCUCACAACAUGGCGCGAUUUCGUGACAACGUUUUACAUGCAAACAAGUGAUAUUAUUAAUUAUCAAAUAUUCACACGAAAUACUGUAAAUUAUGUUCUGUGUAAUAUGCAUCAGUAAAUAACUCAAGUUAUUUAUCUAUAAUGUUUGUAUUUCUCUAUAAAAACAUGCUAUUAACUUCAAGUUGACGGGGAUGUGUAUAUAGAAGCAUCAGUACAGGAUCAUCCGGCUGGUAUAAGUCACAGAGGAUACAAAACGUUUUAUCUAAGACAUGAUUUUUCUGCCAAUCUAUAUAAAUUGAAAGACUAGACCAUUCUUGGUCUAGAAAACUCUGUGUAUUAAAUGAAAGUGAUGAGUAGAAUGAUAGAGACACUAAAUGACCAUUGAUCAAUUUUGUCUAAGCUCAUGCUGAGAAAGAAGAAUGACGUGCCAUGUUUGGUUCUUAAGUUGCCAUGGUGGAAAAAAUCUCGUUGCCCUUGUCUACGGCGUCUAAAUCCCACCACUACCAUGGGUACGCCAAGCAGGCAUACCACGACGUGAUUUUUACAACAACUUGAGCUUUUAACGAACUCUUAAACGAAUAAAAGUAGAAGAAAAUUGAGUAUAUUUGGGUGUUAGUUAAUAUUUGAUGUGCGUAAGCAGACUAUUUAUGUAUGCAUGAGAGAAGAUAAGAGCUGUGCCGUGGCCGGUUAACUAGGCAAAUUAAUAAAACUUAUUAACUUUGAAACACCAAUUCACUUCUUAAAAUGGGCACUAUAGAAAGGCAUUGAGAACUAUUCAUUUUGUAUUGAACUUUAUGUUUUGAAUUUUUAAAUUAUGAUUGCGAAAGUUUUCCGAUCGUUACGACACGUAACAUUAAGUGCAUGAGGUGAUGUAACUCUCAAAGACAAUUCAAAGACAAAUAUUGAAGACGUUUUUUAUAAACCACAUCAAGAUCGUGUUUUGGAUACACCACCUUUAUCGUAGCCAUGUGUAAAAACGAAUGUAUUCGUUCUAUAGACUUCAAACUGAAUGUGCAAGUGCAAGAGCCAUGACAUAAAGGUUCUUUUUCGUUAUGCAAACGAAGUGCUUCAUUAAAACAUGAAGAGACAAUAUAUUGGCAACAAUAAUCAAUAUACACGAAUGUCUUUUUAAACAUCAAAUAUAAACUAUAUAGACAUGCAUGUGAAGAUUUAGUUAUAGUGUGAAAGUAGGCAAAUAAUCUCCUCAGUGAUUAAAUGUGCAGUUUUCAUUUCAUUUUUACCACAAGUUAUAAACAUGAAUGUCUAUGACAAUGACUUCUCAGUUCUAUGGCUAUAAAUUCCGUAGAGAAAAACCUAAUAUUACUUAAAGACUAUUUAAUAAAAACAUUUAUAUAUGCUGGAACAUGCCACAAUCAUAAGCCAUAUAAUUAAUCCAUUGAGUUAUAUGCAUGGACCUAGUCGACCAAAGGCGAAGCAAAAAGAGCGAAAUAUUAAAUAUUAGUCGGAAUACGAAUAUGACCGGAUAGUAUGCAAACCUUUGACUACUUGAUUACUAUUACUAGAUAUAUUGUAUGGUAAAAACGACGUUACUCAAGAGAUUGUCGAUAUGUUGAAAAAACUUGUACCAUUUAUGACAUGUCCUAAGGCAUAGAAAAAUCUUCAUGUCAACUUCUUCAUCGGUUAGAUAAAAUGACGUGUGUUCAGUGUUAACUAAAGUUGAUCACAGUUUGUGGUUUGUUUGGAAUUCCUCCAACUUGAUGUGUUUAAAAACUUGUGUAUAACAAUAACUGUAACUAAAGAAUGGGCUUUGAAAAUCCGAAUAUUUUGUCUGUAGUUCCAUAUUCCUCGUCAUUUGUCACCUUCCGUGACACACUCACUUGCUGAGUUUUAAUUUCCUUCCCGUCAGUUUUUAUAUACAGAUUAACAUAUCACUCGGAAAUUUACUUCGCAUGUAUGAAUACUGUAUUCUCUUCCGAGAUAUCCGCACUAAAGCGGUAUAUGACUUUCCGAUAAACAUUGCUGAAUCCUUUAUUCUUGUAAACCGAAAUACCCGUGUCAUUUUUUAAAUUCAAAAUCCUUAAACAAAAAUAAGGCAAUUUAUAAUAUUUGUAAUUCAUAUAAAAAGUAAUAAUUUAGACCAGAUAAACAGCCCAGGGAUAAAAGCUAUAGUGGUCUAUUUUCUAUCAAAACAAACAAAUGUAUACCGUGGCAAAACAUUACACUGCAGACGUCAACUGCUGUUCAUGGUUUGUGGUUUGCGGAUGCUUGUUACACUGGUUUGGUAGCUAUGGAAACACACGCCUUCUCAAAUUCGGCAGUAUAAAAAUGAAGUAAUUACACUAUACUUUGUUCAAAACGCCGACGCUUACUAAAAUUAAAAAAAUAAAUGUGCAUUUUUUAUACCCAAGAAAUUUCCAGCCAGCAUUUCCUUCUUUCUAUUUCAUGAUUAUGGUCAAAAUUGAGAGCAUUAAAUGUAAUUAGUACCAUUACAUGCUUAAUUGUUUAGUUGUCAUGCAACUUUUACAUGUCGCGUAAAUUGACGCCAAAGUCCCUCGUUUUCAUGUGUUUUCGACUUGAGCUAAUUUAUGCGGAUUCAAUUUAUAAUAACAAUGCAAGGAUUCUCUAAAGACAUACAUAGAUUCGGCUAGUGGCCUAUUGAAGAAUGAAUCUGUCUCAAAACAGAUGUGGUAUAAAUCAACCUCGUACCCAGGCUCUCUUCUAUAAAUUAGCGUUGGAAAAACUCAUCUACUAUUAUAGUUCCAUCGAAUGAGAAAAAUGUCGAUACUGAAGAACGGCCUUGACUUUUUUCCACUGUAGCAAAUUAUGGCUGAUUAAUUGUGGAAUACUAUCUACACUUGUGCGCCAUAUUUGAGAUAUCAUUUAAUUUUAAAAAGCCGCCUGCUUUCUGUUUUUCCACAGAUUUUUUAAACUGUGUUUGAUAUUUUGUUUAUUUUUUCUUGCUCUAUGCAAAACAUUUGCUACCUAUGGCGUAAUUACCCUAUGCAUAAUUUCAACGUUGAUAACAGGUCUUGUGGCAGAAGGAACUUAGUGGAAAUUAUAUUUCAUUAUUGUCUGUUCGUGUCGAGGUUCGUGUGGUAUGAUCCCAGACCCAGUUGUGAACAAGUUUGAAAAUAUUCGUACAAAUAUAUAUGGUAGCUUUACGACUUUUUGUAAGAUUAAUUUUGUAUAAAGUUGUUAAUCUAUCAGCGUAAAGCCGCGUUAAGCCACAGCGAAUAAAUUAGGUAGGUGAUCAAAUAUUGAUGAAGCGUCGUUUUCUGCAUGCCCUGCAGUCAAACUGGUGCCCCCCGCAUACAGGUAGCCGCGUCAAGUUUCGGCGUUGUUUCGUUGUAAGUCAAGUUGAAUCGUUGCUUGGUGAGGAAAGUUACCGUCGCGAAGAAUAAGCUCCAAGGCGACCACUGUAGCCAAGGAUACAAGAAAUUUAGCGUGCUGUAGAAUACAUAAGGGUAGGCAACUAUGAAUAUAUACACAAUAUAUCUUAUCUUCGUUUAAACAUUCAUUUGCAAUCAAAUCGUUUCUUUACUCAAACAUAUAGCCGUGUUUAUAAAUAUGGCAGACUAUCGCGGCAAGCGAAAGACAUAUUGAUCACCAGAUCGCUUUUAGUUAACCAUUUUAGGCAGGACUGGAUCUCUUGGCAUAAUUGUAGUGAAGUAUAAUGAGCUAACAUUAUAUACGACACAAUUUUAAUCUGUAAAGCAAAGUAUUGCCGCUUAUUGAGGAACUGAACGAAACAUGAACAUCGGCUCUCGAAGUAAACACUAAGCCUGAGAUGCGCCAUAUUAAGACUGGUCAUCUUCAAGCAAAGCUUUUCUGUAUACACUGAGAUAUUCUCCUUUUGACCAGUCAAACCAAUGCAUAUGUCGACAUGCUUCAUAGCCUAUAUAUUCAUGUAGAAAAUAGUGGCCAUGAAACCGGUAUAAUGUAAUCAGAAACCAAGUACAUGUAUCGAGUGCCUACGUGUAGCAAUUCACGAGUAUAAUAUGAGUGAUCCAAGGACGUUUGCUAUUUUCCUAGUUUAUGUCGGAAUGAUUAAGGUCCCUAGCAGUUGAAUUCAGUGUAUGAAUUGAACUUUUCUCUAGAUCUGCAUAGAAUGGCUACCCAAAGUUUUAUAAGCCAAGGUAAUUUUGCCGACACUGAGAUGGCUGUACGUAGUGGUGCUCCUACAGCAGAUUUUACUCGUGGCUUACAAGUUGCAGGGCAUGCAAAGUCUGGAGUUCAACAAAAGACAAUUCAACAACAAUCUAUUCAACAAUCAUUACUUCAUACUAUCACCCCUGAUAACUUUACUUCAAAUAGUUCGAUAAAGAACGAAGGUAUUCUAAUUUGUUACUCUUGCGAAAGCAAACUGUAAAAGCAAGCACGUUGCGUAGUCUUUCUCUUUCAAAUUCCAAGACAUGCCUAGCUGUCUGCACUCAUGCGUUCUACGUGCAAAGUGGACAAUGACAAACGAUAACACUGCACUUUAGAAAAUGUUUCGUUCUGUGACGAAAGAUACUGUUUCUUUCUUUUACUUAGGAUUUGCCAAUUCAGAUGUACAUUUUGUAGAAGGUGAUCAACCAACUAUGUAUGCAAACGCACCGGGGUAAGUAAUGCUAGAAGAUUCCGAAUAAUAUCACAGUUCAUGCACAUGUGAAUGUAAACAACUAAAGUUGUGUAUUUCGUCGCUCAUUUUGACCCAGGGUAUUCAGGCUAAGAGACAAAGAAGAUUAUUCGUAUCACGUGAACGUGAUCAGAAACACCUGCAAAUAUAUAGAUGAAUUAUUGCGAUAAUGAAGACGCAUGAACAAUUUUUAAAACAGAAAACUCGUUUAAUCUAUUUUUCGGUAAAAACUCCAUUAUGCUUUGAAUGCAUUUUGUAAAGUUUCUGUAGAAAAGUUAAAAGAAGUUUUUAUGUUGAAUUUUUCCCGUCACGGGGCGUUUCGUGAUGAAUCAACAUGUGUUCGCGUAGCGUUCGAAAAGGUUCUUUUAUUCAACUUAAGUGUAAGCUAUAUUGACGUUAUUUCCUUUUAGCAUCAAAUAUUCAAGUAUGAAAUAGGUUAACAAACCAAAAAAAAACACAGAGUUCUACGAUAAAAUACUUGCGAAAAAAAUUGAUUUCAUUGUGUCACCUACAGUAAAAAAUUCAACGUUGUAUGCCGUUUUCCCAUGCAAUUACGUUUAGCUAGCAAUUUCCCAAUUUAGGCGAACCAAAAAAUAACUAUUAAGAAAUAUAAGAUUCUUCAACUUCAGAACUUUGUUCAAGAAGCCGCCAAUUGGAAACCAGAUCCGAGUUGUGAUCCAUCUAGCCCUAAAAUAUAUUUGUCUGUUUUUAGUACGCAAAACAAUAUCAGUUGACUGAUUGUUUAGCUCAGCCAAUCAACGCUUUGCGCUAGGUCACGAGAUUACCACUUAAGAGACGCGACAUUCAGACCAGGAUUAAAGAAAUGUUUCUUUUAACUCAGGUCUGAAUGUCGCGGGUUUGAAUUUGUGUGAUUCCAGUAACAGUAUAAAGUUUAUUCAAACUACCUGUUUUGAUGAAGAAAAAAUUUUCGUGACAUGAUUCAUCCCGACUAGCUGGGCGCCAUCAUGCCCCUAGCACCCUGGAUUUGUAGCGAACUCACUUCUAAGGUUCUUUGAAAAUAGUUUUAAGCAAAGGAUAAGUGAACUAACGAUUCAUAAAGUGUUAAAAACUGACAAAAAUGGCCGUCGUUUGGCUGCCUUUUUAUGCACACACAAGUCAGUUGAAUAAAUUUCAUUGUUGAUGCAGUCCCAUGACAAUAAGUCUUCUACAAGGAAUAAUUUGUUGCUUAGGCAACGGCAUUUUUUGAAAAGAUCAUUUAUUUUCUUUUUACCAUGACAAUAGUCAUCAUGUAUGCAUGCUUGCGUGAAAAGGCGCUAUUUACAUUUCCUGUUCAAUGAAUGCAGCCCUAGAGUCGCUUUCUUCACGAUGCCAAUCCGUACAUUAACGUGAGUUUUUAUUGAUCUGUUUAUAAAUGCAAUAUGAAAUGUUACAAAUGAAAUACUAUAAGUAUGUAGAAAAUAGUUGCUUAUAUUUCAAGUACUAAUAUUACAACUUAGAAAACUGACUUUUGCAGGUGUUAGUUCAAUUAUCGAUAUUUAUUCGAUAUGUUAUUUUCACAAAAGUGCGAAAUUAUAUUUUAUAGCUGGGCUGUGAGGUGUGUUAAUUCGUUUCUUAUUUCAUUACAAAAUGUUUAGUAAGCACACGUAGCUUAUUGUUAGACUAUUUAAAUGAUAAAGCGUCGUGUAAUUUAUAUAAGGCUAAGUAUUUUUGCUUCCGAUGUAUAAUGUAAAGUGACAUGUGUUUUUCUUGUUUUACAGUAAUUAUAGGGCAAGUUAAAUGUGUGUCUGUACAUAUCUAAAAUUUCAAACAUUGAGUCAUGCAGAAUACCGUUACCUGUGACAAUCCUAUACUAAAGAGGCGGCACAACUCAGUGUGUGCAUGCUAGGAAAAGAAGCAUUAAUUAGACAAAGAUUAAUUUACAAAGGUCGUCACGUCAGCCAGGCAGAAAGCUCGAAUUAACGAUCUAUCAUGCAGUGCAGCUUCUUCAUACAAAUAUAAACAAUAAUCUUGCACUCUAAACUACUCAGAACAGAAUGGUUGAUAGUAAGAAAUAAAGUUCUCAGGGCCACGACAGCUGAUGAUCUGCUCACGUGAGAUUGAAUGAAUUGCGCUCUCAUUUUCACGAUUUCGCCCUUGGAGUUCACACGGGGCAAAUGAAACCAGAGGAAUUGAAGAAUGACAUCGAAUGGACCUAUUUCCUAAUGAACAAAAUUUUGAUCUAGACAGAAAUUUCACCACAGCUUCAAAGAGCAUCACAAAAUUAGUAAUAUUCCGAAGUUUCGUUGCGAAAUGUUGUAAAAUGCGGAUAAUAUAGCCCUGCGAAGUUUGCCGUUUUUCAGUCAUUUUGUAUUACGCGCGGGAAAUUGAUACCUUUUUUCAGACUUGUCCAGAUCAAAAUUUUGUUCAUUAGGGAAUAGGUCCAUUCUUCCGUUCUCGUGUGAACAUAGUAGAGAGGUUGAGAUAUGACUUAACCAAUCACAUGCGUUUAAUCUCCCGAUUAACCAAUCCGCCGUAUCUGGGCCUCUCUAAUCCUAAUUAUCCGUGAGAUCCUUUUUGGCAAUUUAUACGAAUUAUGUCGAGUCUAUUUAAUCAUUUUGCACCUCGCCCUGGUAAAAGGUUUACCAAUGACAGGAGAACAUACACAUACAGAACAUACGCACGACGUAUGUACGUUUAAGAUUUUCAGGUUAAUUUUAAAGGAUGGAAUUAACACUGGCAGCCAUGUAUUUUAUAUAGGACGCUUUGAUGCGUUGUUCCGUAAUGCAUUAUAUAUUUUAAUUAUUCAUGAUAUACUUGCUGUUUUAAAUUUGUUUAUAGUGGAAAUUUUUAUCGUUAUUUAUUGCGGUUGACACCCUUAAAUUUCAGUAGAGUGAAAUUUCAAUAAAAUGCAUGAAGGACAGUGAGUUUAUUGAUAAAAAAGCCUAACACUUAUGUGACAGUUCUGCAUUUUGAAUUUCAGUGCGUACGAAUCUUGCCGUUGUUUUACUCAUAUACGUUUUGCCAGUAUUUUGAACCUAAAUCAAGAUUUAUUAUUCAUUUUUAUUUCUCACGGAUAUAUACAAAAGGUUAAUUUAAUUAAAUUUGCAACGUUUCGGACAUUUUAAAUGUCCGUCUUCAGGCGACAAUUGUUGUUAACGUUAUAUUCAAAAAUGCUGACGGUUUAACCACAGAAUAGGAAGUUAUACCAGAAGCGUAACUCGAGCAAAUAUUUGUCCGCGUUUUUACAAGCGAUUCGUCAUCAAUACGCCAUCCUGGCUAGUACAACCGGCACUUUGUACCUACCAAAUCCUGAUAAAAACUUCCGGCUGUACUAGCCAGGAUGGCGUGGCCUGACGUGAGCGAGUUAAAAUUUUCGUGGACCGCAAACAAUAAGGGAAACGACUAGAGUUACGCUUCUGGUAUAACUUCCUAUUCUGUGGUUUAACUGUCAGUCACGUCAUUUCGCGUGCGCGUCACUAUGCACUUGCGUGCGCGUGUUCUUGUUUACAUGUUCCUUCUUAAAAUACUUAUUUAACAAUGGUCUCCACAUCACCAAUUGUUUGAAAUUGUUCAAAACCGUGUAGCCAUUAUAUUGUUCUCUUAAAGACUCAAUUCCUUCUCUUUCCUCUGUUUUAAUCCAUUUUCAGUUGUUAUCACUCGUGCCUUUUCCCAAUCAAUCCCACUCUCGCAAUCAACGCUAUGUCUCGCCAAACCUCCAUCUUCCUUACCCAUUCUUUCUUCUGCCGACUCUAGUUUUCCAUUCUUUAUGUCCUCUCCCGUCAACCGAACUUUACUCAUAUGCUCUUUCUUUCUAGUUCCAAAUAAGCGCCAAGUCUCUCCCACAUAAACCGCCUCAUCACAUUUGCAAGGAACUUCGUAUACAACAGUCUUCCGUUUCUCUCCCAGUGGUUUCUGUGCCUUUGUUUUCAUUUGUCUCACUUUAUUCAGAACUGGGAAUACUUACUUAAUCCUUACUUAAUCUAUGCCUGAAGACGGACAUUUAAAAUGUCCGAAACGUUGCAAAUUUAAUUAAAUUAACCUUUUGUAUAUAUCUUUGAGAAAUAAAAAUGAAUAAUAAGUUAUGAAAAACAAAGGUGAAAGUUUUAGAAACAAGAUUAAUUCAGUAAUUUAGUCACAUAUUUUACACCAGUUCUGUCCUAUAUGCUUCUCCCACAAUGGCUGCUAGGAUUCUUUUCAAUUGCUGUCCUACAGACGACACUAGAAAGGCUUCCUAAGGCGCAUCUUCAAAAUAUUUGAAAUGGCUUUUAUCUUAUUGAAAGUGGUGUAAUGUUCUGAUACUUCAACUCCUCUUUGGAUUUCGCAAUUUGAGCAAAUAAAUUCAUUUGGUUUGUUUCAAUUUGUCAACAACUAAUGAUGGUCUCUUAUUGUUCAGUUCAUUUUCGUAUGGUGAUACUGCAAUGUUUGGCCAACAAGGUACUCCAACAGCGUAUCUGGAUGGAGGUCAACAUCAAGCUGCAUAUACAACUCCAGCUACUAAUUCUCCAACUAUGGUACCUGGAGCUCAAGGUCAAGUUAUAACUUACCAACAUACAAGUGGUCUUGCUGGACAACUCACUCCAAGACCCCCUAUUACACAUACAACAAGAGCGUCUCCAGCAACGGUAUGUUAACCUGAAAGUUUACAUUUCCUUAUACUUAGAUAUAUGAUCCAAACAUGCAAGGAUGUUAGGCUGGAAGCACGAGGUUAUUUAAACUGAGAAAUUAUUACUGUACAGUACCAUGGUAAUAUCAAACUGCUGUUUCGUGGAAUUGUGUUAAUAAUUUCUGAGUUUCCGUAUGCGCAAUCCUGGGUCCAAGUCAGUCUGAAGAAUAAAAAAACACUUCUCGGAGCGUACUAGGCUCAGGAGAACCAAGCCACUUUUCCACUCAUCGCAAGAGUCGCUGCGAGUUCUUUCAUCCAAUCACAUUGCUCCACAGUUUAUUCUAAUUAGAUGCCAGCACUCGCAGCGACCUUGGGAGUUGAUUUUGCUAUUAGUGGAAACGAGCCUUUAGCAGGACGACACAGACAUCUCCCCUUUUAUAGUUAAACUACAAGAACAGUCAUUAAGCUCGUAUAAGUAUGUUUAUCAACAAUUCAUAUGUAUAUUGUAUUAAGAUAAUUGCCGAGGGAUAUAACUACCUGAAAUAUACAAGCACAACUUCAAUGUUUCGAGCGACAUCCCUCGCAAUCCGCACUUAUCAUCUCUACCUACAUUGGCACAGAUCGUUCGAGAUUAUAUUGUAUUGCCGAUCAUUUACGCCUGAAGUAGCAACAAAAUUAGGAAGUUAAAAUGUAUACGUUAUGUCUUUGUUCAAUAUUUCAGGUUGCCUGGUUGCUUGAGAAUUAUGAAACAUCUGAAGGAGUGAGUCUGCCGCGAAGUACCUUAUAUAAUCAUUAUUUACAACAUUGUCAAGCAAAUAAACUGGAUGCAGUAAAUGCUGCAAGUUUUGGAAAGUUGAUCCGUUCCGUAUUUGUUGGUCUUAAAACCAGACGACUGGGAACCAGGUAUUUACAGUAAUUCUAUGUGGGCGUCAUUGUCAUUGCUAAAAACUCGUUUAAUUUAGACUUUAUUCUAUGUACAUACACAACCACUUGAUGAAGUCAUUACAUUCCAACUUGUAAAAAUUCUGAUAACUUCCAAUGAAUACCGCCAUUGACAAUAUUCAAGGAGUAAAUUAAAACACAGUGAUAAGAGUAUGAGCCAAAAUAUCCUUCAUUGACAUCCUGCGUGAGUCGGUCUUUUUAGACCUUUUUAGUGAAUUUCGGUGAGUUUUCCUGACUCGAAUUGGCUUUUGGAAUUUAGUGUUUCGCCCAGUUGGUUACAACGAAAUUUAUCUUGCUACAAUCACACCUCCUAAAUCAGACAUAGUACUGCAGUGCCUUGCCUCCUCCGCAGGCAUCACCUUCAGAUUGGCGGGCAAAAUUUGCUUGCAGGCAAAAAAAUUGUAAAGUAAAUGAUCCACGAGCGGAGGAAGCUAGUCACGCGCAUGACAUUUCUGUUCCGUAACUAUUUCUUUGUGCUUCUCCAGCUUGUCAACAAUACACAAGUUAGUUAGUUUGUUGAAAUGUUCAGUGUAAUACAAUAAAGUAAAUCAGUACUCAGUAGAUAUAAUAUUAAGUAAAUAUAAUAUAAAGUACACAAGGAAUGUUAUUUGUUUGCUUUGUCUGAAAAUAACAACAUCCCAGUUCGAUGUAGUGAUCAUUCUUACUUAGUUGAAACUAUUAUUUCAACAGAGGUAACUCAAAAUACCAUUACUAUGGAAUCCGUAUUCAACCAAAUUCUCCUCUGAAUGCUUUGGUUGAUCAUGAAAUCCAAGGAGCAAUGCGACAAUCUCCUUCCGCUCAUAAGAGGUAUGUUCGAAAUAAUUAA